GGAUUGAAAAGAUAAUUAAACAACCAUGAAUCCAAAAACAAGAGCAAAGAUGCAAUUGACGAUCCAAGGGCUUAUUAAUCAGUUUGGAUUCUUCUUGUUGCUUUCGAGUAGCAAGACAAUUGCCUUACAUUUCGAUCAGAAUAAUUUAGUAUCUGCUAUAAUGUUUGCUGCAAAUAUAGCAAGCGUGACGAUCUUAUUUAUCAAUGCCUUAUUACUCAUGAGAUUCAAACCAAAGCAUCGUUUGAUUGCUAAUACAUUCAUCAUGAUUGCUGGCUACGGCUGCAUAGUCGCAGGUUGGUUCUCCUCCUUCUACCUCGUCGUGGUCGGCGCCAUCUUCACCGGGACAGCCUCAGCCUUCGGCCAGGUCAUCCACUACGGAUUCAUCAAGUCGAUCCCCGCAGAGUUCGUGGGACCCUUCAGCUCUGGAACUGGAAUCUGAGGCUUCGUGGGCUCCUUGAUAUUUCUGGUGCUGGACUCGCAAGAAGUACCAACCUACAUCAUAUUCUCGGUGAUGAUACCGGUGGUUCUCUUUUAUUUAGCUAAUUUUAUUAAUCUUGAUGCUCAUGUGAUGAAAAAUAAUUUCUUCAGAGACCAGGAUGAACCUUCUAAUCAAUUGGAACUUGGUGCAAUAAAUGGACCAGAUGAACUAUUUGAUAAAACUAAUUCAAAAGAUGAGCCUUUAAUAGAAGGAAAGCAAACUUUGUGGGAAGGAUACAAGAUUGAUCCUCUCAACCAUGUGUGGGUCUUUUUCUUGUAUAUCUUUGAAUACAUUAUCAUUUCAGGGUUCUUUGAUCGACUUUCACAACUCCGAACUGUAGAAGAGCAUGGAUUCAUAGAAAAGAAUUUGUUCACAAUAAAUCAAUUCUUAUAUCAGCUCGGAGUACUAAUGGCAAGAUCCUCUCUUUAUUUCUUUAAGACUAAGUCAACUGGAAUAAUAGCUUUUGGAUCGUUCAUCUUAUUCUGAAUCUUCUUCAUUCUCUGAUUAUUUUAUGUAAAUGUCAAUAAAUUCAUCAUCCUGUUCCUUGCAGUCAUAGUCGGCCUAAUUGGUGGAUGGGGAUACCUGUUCUCUUAUUACAGAAUUAUGGACAAUAGAAAGCUGAGUAAGAUUAAUAGAGAGAAACUCAUAAACUACCUUGCAGUAUGGGCUGACUUUGGUAGCUUUAUUGCUACAGGGUUUGCUACUUUGUUAAGCCUGACAAUCCUGAAAGUCGAGUAAUUUUUGAAAUUUGUUCAAUUAUAUCCAA